AUGGCGUUCAAGGUUCAGUCGGAUCAGCGUCCAUACAAUGAUAUGUAUGAUCCUAAAAAAUAUUGCAAGCACUAUAGCCGAGAAGGGCACUCACAAGAAGGGUGUUUUCAGCUUAUUGGAUACCCGGAAUGGUGGGGUGACAUACAAAUAGGUGGAAGAGGAUAUGGUCGAGGAGGCAGAACUGGUGGUCGAGGACGUGCUGGUGCCGGGUUUGUGAACAGCAUAAGAGGUAGAGGACAAGGCAAUAUACGUGCGCAUAAUUUGAACAUCUCGGCAGCAACAGCAUCUCAUCCUGCCACUGGGUCUUCAGGAGAUGCAUCAGGACUGACAGGCGUGACUGCAAGUCAAGUUCAGCAGGUUCUUGAAUAUUUAAAUUCAAGAAAAUUCAGUUCCCAGAUCCAAGUUAAAGUGCUUGCGGUGAGUGAUGAUACGUAUGAGCUGUGGCAUCAGCGAUUGGGACAUCCAUCAGAGAAAGUGUUACAACAGUUACCGGGUGUGGGUAGAUUAUUGAAGAAGAAUAAUGAUGCGGUACCUGAUAAGCCAACUGAGAUAGUUCGGGCUAAUAAUGACGUGUGUUGGAGUGAUGAUGAAGAAAUAGUGCAGAAAGAGAACCCAGAAAGCGUUACUGAGAAUCCAGAAUAUGUUUCUGAGAACCCAGAAGACAUUACUGAGAACCCAAAAUACAUUACUGAAAACCCGGAAGACAGUACUGAGAACCCAGAAUAUAUUACUGGGAACCAGGAAGGUAUUACUGUGAAGCCAGAAAACAUUACUGAGAACCCGGAAGACAUUACUGAGAACCCGGAAGAUGAUACUAAGAACCCAGAAUAUAUUACUGAGUCUCGAAGGAAGAAGUGA